AACCCCCCCAAAGAAACCAACCAAACAAAACCUUAAAAUAUGUUCCAAACAUUGAAAAACGAUUUCCAAAUUUGUGAAGAAAUUGGCCGUGGUAAAUUUGGCACCGUUUACCGUUGUGAAUCUCCGGUGACCGGAGAAUCCUUCGCCGUCAAAACCAUUAACAAGAAUCUCCUCGAAGAUUCCAUCGACCGUGAAUGUCUCAUUAAAGAGCCUAAGCUCCUCCAAAUCGUGUCUGGUCAUAACAACAUUGUUCAUCUACAUAAGAUUUACGAGGACGAUAACUUUCUCCAUAUGGUAAUGGAUUAUUGUCCCAACAGCGAUUUAUACGACCUUGUUUCUGCUGGAUCAUUACGUGAGCCACAAGCUGCUAAGAUUCUGAAACAAGUUGCAUCAGCUGUUCAUUACUGUCAUCACAUGGGCGUUGCUCAUCGUGAUUUGAAGCCGGAUAACAUACUGUUCGACCGUAAUGGUAGUGUGAAGUUAACUGAUUUCGGAUCGGCUGAAUGGUUCGUGGGAUGUGAAGGAAGCGUGAUGAAUGGGGUUGUUGGCACACCGUACUACGUUGCACCUGAAGUGCUGUUAGGUAAAGAGUAUAAUGAGAAAGUGGAUGUGUGGAGUAUGGGAGUUAUUCUGUAUAUUAUGCUCUCUGGGGUUCCACCUUUCUACGGUGAGACUCCGACGGAGACAUUUCAAGCUGUUAUUCGAGGAAAUUUGAGGUUUCCUACGAAGUUAUUUAGGUCUGUUUCGAGUGAAGCGAAGGAUCUGUUGAGGAAGAUGAUUUGUAAGGAUGUUUUUAAAAGAUAUUCGGCUGAACAAGUACUCAGACACCCAUGGGUGAUUAAUGGAGGAGAGACAAGUUCAAUGGCUGAUCUAAACUGAACAAGAUUACUGGUUUUGCUCUACGUUGCUCAGACUAUCCAAAAUUGUUUCUGUACCGGUGUUAGAUUCUCCAAAAUGCACUACUUUGACAACAUUUUUGAAGCGUCCGAGUAACAUAGGUUUUGCUAACGGUCCUAUAAAUACCAGCAGUACUAAUCUGAGAAGCUUUUGCUGUAUAUACACUAGACUAUGUCACCAGCACCAGUAUGUUUGAAGAUUUGAAUGGUUACUAUGAAAAAGGAAGAAAAUGAAGAAAUUUCAACUUUGUCGUGUCACCCGUGUCAGAUCCUUCAAAAAUGUACCUCCUUUGAAGAAUCCGGCAUGCACCUUAAUACAUUUUUGAAGUGUCCGAGGAACGUAAUAAUAACUAUACUCAAGGGUCUACAACAAGGGGGUUCCCUCUUUUAACAUUUUUCUCCUUUUGAGUUCUUGAAUGUUGAGUUGUGGAGAAGAAUCUUAUGAGGAUAAUGAAUCUCCUACUACUAUGUAUUAUGAGGAAAGGAAAAAAAAAAAAAAAAAGAGUUUUCCAACUAUGUAUAAUUAGAUAAUUUUCCCACUUUUUAUGUGUUUUUGGAAUAUGAAAGGUUGAGGAAGAGAAGGAAGGAUUUAGGUGUGUUAAUCCUUCAAGUUUUGUUUAGAGAAGCAAUAUGUAUUUAUGUACUAAUAAAGUUUGCUUCUUUUCGUAGUA